GUUUUGUCUAUGUGUGGCAUUUGUAUCCGGUUCAUAAAUAUACUUUUCCCUGAGGUAAAUGAAGCCUCAUUUUGAAUUUCGCGGGAAUCCAGGAAAUAUCGCUCGAUUUUGUACAAAAAUCUAACAACAUCUCCGUAAUCAUGUCUGAUGACAAGCAUGAUGAGCAGGAUAACCCUGAUAUCCACUUUGAGCCUAUUGUACAGCUUCCUCCCGUCAUUGAAACAACAAGUUUAGAGGCCGACGAAGAUGUUCUCAUCAAAUUGCGGGCAAAAUUAUUCAGAUUUGAUAAUGAAUCCGAGCCUACAGAGUGGAAAGAUCGGGGAACUGGUGAUGUGAAAAUUCUUAAACACAAACGUGAAAACAGAUCUAGAGUCCUGAUGAGGAGAGAUAAAACACAUAAAAUAUGUGCCAAUCACUUUUUAAAUCCCGCUAUGGAAUUGAAGCCCAACUGUGGUAGUGAAAAAGCAUGGGUUUGGAGUGUUGCAGCAGAUUUUGCAGAUGAGGAAGCUAAACCUGAACUUUUAGCCAUCAGAUUUGGCAAUGCAGAAAAUGCACAAAAAUUUAAGGCAAAGUUUGAUGAAGCAAAACAGUUUUGCAGUAGUCCCUCUAAAGACUCCGCUGAAAGUCCCUCUCAAAAUGGCGAUGCCUCAGACAAGAAAGAUACCUCAACUCAGGAAAGUCCCACUAAAACAGAAACUAAAACAGAAGAAUCUAAAUCCGCUGAUGAUGUUACUAAAAAAUUAGAAGAAUUAACUGUUAAAGAAGGUGAUAAAACAGAACUCUCAAAUGGCACAAAGCCGGAGAAUACAGACAGUUAGGAAGAUAAUCAUGCAAUAGCUCGUCUU